AUGGAUGAACAAGUUCAAGCCAUGAAUAUUGAAGAAAAGAAGGUUGUAGCAGAGCCUAUCGAAGCGUUGGAAGACAUUUCCUUGGAUGAAGAUAACCUUGAGAGGUGUACCAGGAUAAGGAUGGACGAGGCUGACCAAGAGAAGACAUCCUUUGUCACCAGUCAAGGCUUAUUCUGUUAUAAGGUUCUCAAAAAAGCAUUCGAAUGGACCGACGAGUGUCAGAGAGCCUUCGAAAAUUUGAAGGCAUACCUUACCAUGGUACCGCUACUGAGUCCAUCAGUGGUGGGAGAGGAGUUAUACUUAUACCUAGCGGUAACCCCGCAUGCCGUGAGCUCAGCAUUGAUAAGAGAGGAAGAUAAAGUGCAAAGAUCUGUGUACUAUACAUGUAAGACAUUGAAGGGAGCGGAAGGACGGUAUCCACAAAUGGAGAAAUUAGCCUUCACACUGAUCAACUCUUCUAGGAAGCUGAGGCAUUAUUUCCAAGCACAUGUCAUUAAUGUCAUGACAGAUCAUCCGCUCAAGAAGGCAAUGAAUAGACUGGAAGCGGCAGGACGAUUAAUCCAGUGGGCUGUAGAGCUCAGUGAGUUUGACAUCAGUUAUAAUAAGGUAGAAGACGGUAAGAGAUGGGUCGUUCACGUGGAUGGUUCGUCUACACGGCAUGCAAGAGGAAUUGGUGUGGUCCUACAAUCCCCAGAAGGAGAUGAACUGAAACAUAAAGUCCGUCUACAGUACCAAGCAACUAACAAUGAAGUCGAAUAUGAAGCCCUUCUCAAAGGGCUAGAAUUGGCUAAGUCUGUGGAAGCCAAGUCCAUACGUGUCCUGGGAGAUUCUCAACUGAUCAUGGGGCAAGAAAAUGGGAUGUAUGAAGCGAAGGAAGAACGGAUGAAGAAAUACCUUAGUAGGGUGAUGCGCCUUGUGAAAAGAUUUAAAAAAGCUGACUUUGUUCAAAUCCCAAGGGAGGAGAACGUGGAAGCUGAUACUAUAGCAAAAGAAGCCUCAGCAAAUGAAUCAAUGGAUGAAUCAGAUGAAGUUCAGUAUAUGCCAAGUAUAGAUGUCCCGGAAGUACAACAGGUGGAUAGUAGAGAAAACUGGAUGACCCCCAUUAUAUCAUACUUGAAAGACGGACGACUACCAAAAGAGAAAGAUGAAGCUAGGAAGUUGAGGGUGAGAUCAGCUAGAUACGUCCUUAUGAAUGAAGUGCUAUACAAGAGAGGCUUUUCUCAACCUUACCUUAGGUGCUUAGCUCCGGACGAAGCAAACUAUGUACUGAGAGAAGUUCAUGAAGGGGCAUGUGGCAAUCACUCAGGAGCCAGAUCACUUGUCCACAAGGUCGUCUGUGCAGGGUAUUAA